CAUUCAAUUACCGUAAUUUCUGGACUGUAUGCCACGGCUUUUUUCUCUUUUUAUACAACAGCGCAGCUAAUGUAUGAAUUUUUACAGGCUAAAAUCAGAUUAAAUCAGAGGCAAUGAAAUUGAUGAAAUCAGAAUCUUUUUAUUUACCCUUGAAGCAGUCAAAAUGCGCUGUUUUUGCCUGCGUGUCCACAGCUCUGUCAACAGAGUCGAUCUCCUGCAGGUCUGGAAUCAAGAAGCAGCCGCUGAGACCGGCAGUGGUGUCGGAACUUUGGGCAUGCGGGUGAAAACAGCGCAUUUUGAGGGCUUUAAUGUGAAUAAAAGAUGUGAGACGUUUGGUUUUAAAGUCCGACGUGAACACAAGCGAGUCGUGUUUUGGCCGCUGACCUGAUCUCGGCUGUACAGCUGCACCUUGUCUAUUGUGAGAGCAGCGUGGAUAAAUCUCCGCUCCGUAUUACGCAGCUUGUUUCCGCUAUUUCCUCACUCUUGAUGCUGGACCCCGUUUUCAAAACUAGUUUUGAAGAGCAUUUUCAAGCCAAUGCACCACUCACCUGUCCCUGGUGCAGAUAGCACCACUGAACCUGCGGCUUAUAGACCAGUGUGGCUCAGGUAUGAACAAUAUCUAUUUUCCAUCUUAAAUUUAGUGGGUGCUGCUAAUAUUCUGGUGCGCUCUAUAGUCCAGAAAUAUCUCUAUUUAUUUGUUAACUGUCAGUUGUGUCCGAGAGCCAAAUAUCCUCACAGUUAACAAAUACGUUACGUUGAAGUGAGAAAGUAAACUAUCCCCUCACUUCCCCCCCCCCCCACACAAAUGUUCAUGCAAAAGCCUCAGGACAUCAAAUUGCCAAGAGUCAUUUUAGAUGAUUUAUUCCUCCGAAUAAAAGACCAACACAAGUCCAGAACAAACCAACAGUUAAACCCCUAAUUGUCUUUGUUUCGCUCCUGCUUGAGUGGUUAUCAUCGCCAGGAGCCAGACAGACAAUAUGACCGGCGGAGCGAUACAAGUCGACUCCUUAUUCAUACGUUCAUGAUUAAUACAGACUGCUGUAAUCUGGGGAGGCAUCCUGGCAUGAAGGAUGAGGAUUAUAUAUUUUUUUUCCACCCCAGAAACUAAUUGAAAAAGUCCAUGAUGGCGCUGUUAUCUCUCACGUCCCCAGCUGAGUUACGGCCAGCAGGAAAUAUGACUGACAGAGAAGAAGCGAGACUUAAUGAACAGCAUGCGAGCGCUCAAUAGGAAGGUGCUGGACUGUGGUUUUUGGCCACAGUUUAAUAAAGAUAUUCAACAUGAGUCAUCCACUUGGAUUCGCUGAGAACACCUGCAGCUUUUUCAACACCCUUGCCAUCAAUAGCAAUGGAAAUCUGUGCUUUAAUGAAUCAUCGCGCGGCAAAUUUGAGUCAACAGAUGUGAUGUGAAUUCACUUAUCAAUUAGACUUAAUGUGUUUAACAUUCAGUGUAACACACCAGUGGUCAAGUGGUGACACUGCAAGGUUAAGUGAAGGGCAUAUGUUUGUGCUUGACACUUUGGAGGAUCUUCUCAGUCAUAAGUGAGAGGCACUUAAUCGCUGGAAAACAGCACUUGUGUGCGUUAUGCAAGCAGGCGGCGGGGGAAGAGAGCUGUGACACAGUUACGUGUCAGGAGGAGUCACUUUCUGUAUCCCUUUGUUUACUGGAGAAAUAAAUGCACUGCUAAAGCAUAAUGUUGGUGCUAAAAAAACCCACUGGACUGCUAGUCACUCUGGAUAAUGAGUGUGUGUCUGGACAGAAUGUCCUCUCAGAGGAUCUGGAGAGCCGGAACACUCGGGUCAGACAAAACUGCUCAGCCAUGUUUGACUUAAACUUCUGGAUACAACGUUUAGAAGCAAGCAGGAGUCAGGACAAUAGUGUAGAAACACCCAGUGUGUUUGUUAAAGGUGGGGUGAGAGAGUUUUCUGCCACUCCUUUUUUCACUAUACUGCUUUAAAAUCUCCUUCACACACCAACUGCAACCAAGAGAAUAAAUACUAGUGCAGGGGUUCUUGACCUUUUUGAUCUCAGGACCCAACUUUUCCAGAAUAAAUGGGACAGGGGCCCAUUCAAGUAAACUGUAUUUUAUCUACUUACACGUAAACAAACCAAAACCAUGUGAAAUGACAUGAAACCAUGUGAUACUCGCAAAGAUAUUUUUUUUUUCAUCUAAAAGUCUAACCAGCAGCAGAAGCAGGUGCAAAUCAUAUUCAUGAAAUUUACUAGCAAAAAAAUUCACUUGAUACAAACUGUAAAAACAUGUAACACUGCACAUCAUGAAUAAAAUUCAAAAUAAAAUUAAUAUAAUAAGACAAUGUCAAAAUAUCACAAAAUAAAAUAAUAUAUUUUAUUUUCAAAAUAAAGUCUAAGAUAUAAGUGAAGUGUAAAUGAAAGUAUCGUAGCCAUAAAAUUUUUGAAUUAAUUUUAAGAUCUGCUUUGAAAGUUGCUGUCAUGAACAGCGUUUACUCUUGUGGAGGUGGCAUCACUUUUUUAAAUCAUUUUUUUCUUUUCAAAACUUCUCCAUACUAUCACAAAUUUGCAGCUGUCAAGUAAAUAUAAUGGCACACAUUAACGCUGAGCGUCUCGCGACCCAAAGGUGUAAAACAAAAAAAUCACAGAAUCACUGUGCGAGAGCACAAAAAUGAGACACUUUAGUCUCCAGCAGAGUGCGGAGGACUGUACAACCACCAACUGUUCAAAGUGAUUUGAUGGCAAAAUGUGAAUGAAACUCCUUUGCCAGGCCCCUUCUCUCAGGCUACAUCCACAUGGAAACGCAUCUAUUCCCAUACAGCAUUUUUCCUUAAAAAAAGGGCUUUAAAAAGGAUGCCCACUGGAAACAACCGUAUACACACCAGGUCACUAGAUGGUCAUUGCUGGUCACAAUUGGAAGCUAUGUUGCUCUGCUAGUACCUUAACAGUGCAACAACAACCAGGGUGUGGAAACAUAGUUUUGGUCGACAAAGUUGACUGUUGACAGCGGCAAUGAAGAAAUAUGUAUGAAUUUGCCUGUGAAUUCAGGAAAUAAAUGUCCGGUUGAAAUAUCAAGCUGUUGUUCAUAAGUGACGAAAAAUGCCGGAGUUGUGUAGCAGAAAGGCCUAUACGACUCGGAACUUACACAGGCGACCGACUCUGUCGCUGUGCAUAGGGCCAUGAGAAAACGUUAGCAUGUCUGUGGCUUCCUCUUCGUCGGUGAUGAGGAAUUACAAGUGUAUUCUAGUCUAGUGUGAACGAUCAGACGUAACUCAUUGAAUGAAGACUUUCUUUGUUUAUGGACGAAACAGUCGCGCAUACUUAUAUAACAUUCUUGACAAAUAGUACAUAAAAUUCCGACCAAGCAGUCUUUACAUUUCUAUACCAAUGUACCUUAUAACCGGAGGCGCUUGUGUUUUGAUUCCAGUUCAACUUUCAUUCGCUGCGUAUGUAAAUAUUUAUGUUGCUGUUGAGCUCCGUUUCCUUCUUGUGUACAUUUUCCUCUCUUCAGAAACAGAAAAAAAGCUAAUAAAAAAGCUAGUAAAUUCAUUCAUCAUAGUUUCACUUCCUUCAAAUCUAAUCUCUCGAAUGCCGUUUAACGGAUUGUGACAUUGAUCAACACCUUCCAACAAAGAUGAAUAGACGUUUCGGCGCUGAGAGAAAUGUGUGUUGGUUUCCACGGAGAGUGACUGGUUAUCUCGCACGGAGGAAAUAUAAAGCCAAAUGCAUCCCCAGCUGGAGAUUCAUUGAUGGUCUACGAGUCUUAUGUGAAGGAUUUUAUUAGAUUCUGCUGAAUAGCAAAUUGCGUCUUUAAUUCAAUUCCGUUUCCUGCCUCAGUGAAGAUUAAAACUGGUUAAUGUCUAUUGUCAAAGACAGAGGCUUAAUGCUGGUGGGCUCUGAAAUAUCAUCAUAAACUAGGAAUUUAAAGCGUCUCCUAUUCGAUUACAGGAAUGGCUGUGCAUCCGUUGCUAUUACUUCAAGAUGAAGCGCUGUUGUAAUGUAUUGUGUAACUGAAAGACGUAAUAUAACUAUGACCAGUAGAGGCAGAGUUCACCAUAUUUGGUCCCCAAUGACAAGAGGUGUACAGACAUGGACCACUAUUAAAGGUGGUAAGUCGGACUUUGUUCCCAUUAUGGCUAGUGUGUCAUUGGGUUGGUGACCUUGGGAUAUUGUGAGGGUAGCAGAAGAGUCUCUACACCCAAGACUGUCCACACCUCAGUCAGAAAAACGGUGCUCCUGCAAUAUGAACUCCUCAACGUGCUUCAAAUACGAGAGAUGAAGCUGAGAGUAUCGCUGUUUUAUGUCGGAGAAUAAGCUGGUCUAAAAGGCUUUAGGUAGUGAGAUGUAUCCAACACAUUGUUACUGCUAAGGCGUAACAUAUUGAUGUCCAUCAGGUGGACUUUCAGUGAGCCUUCUGGAUCGCAUGUCGACAAAUCAAAUGUUUCCCAUCCCACGAUAUUUCCUGACACUAUAGGAAGCACUUCAUCGGACUGCCUGAACAAAAGAGGUGAAGAGGGAGUCGGAAACCUGCAUCGCAAGUUGAAGCUAUAGGUGUUCAAAUGAAGCACAUAUUUACGCUACAUUCCCUGAUGUAGCGUAAAUAUGUGCCAUGGUGCUCCUUUCACGCCAGGAUUUUAGUUUCUUGUCACUUGUGAGUCAAGCAAAUGCUGUAUGUAUAUAACUAUUACAAAGUAGCGAGGAGAGAGCACAAACGUCCAGGCCGUCGGCUGCCCCUCCUUCGAAUGUCAAACAUACACUCCAUUGAUACGCCUUUGUGUCAACAUGUAUUGUAAACCUCUCCAUCAACACUGUCCUCUUGAAGCUAGUCAUGAAUAUGUUAUGCCUAAGAGAUGACAAUGUGUUGUGUAAAAAUAUAAACAAAACGGUUGGGGUGAGGAUGAGGCCAUGGGGUAGUGCUCCUUAUCAUUGAACUCUUUUGUCACUUGGUAUAUAUUGUACCUUGUGAUUCUCAUUUGCGUUUAUAUGUGACCAUGAGGUACUCAACAUGUAACAUCCGACUUAUGACCGGGAUCGGUUCCGACCAACCGAUCGUGAGUCGGAUUGGACGUAAGUCGAAUGCCAUUCAAAAUAGCCGAACCGAGGGUUAUAGGUCCUACUGUAGUGGUGGAUCGCUGUGUGAGAGUGAGAUGCGGGGAGACUGUGCUGCCGUAACUGUUGUGCGUGACGUAAGUCGAACAGGUCGUAAGUCGGAUGUUACGUGUACAGAGAAAGAUACUUUCAAUUGUCACCCGGAGUGCGUCAUCUGGACCCCAUUCUUUUUGAACAUCAAGAGAAACAAGGAGGAAGGCUGACAUGUUGGACACCAAAAUCCUGUUGAUGACUGUCCAUUUGCCGCAUGUGACACGCGUGAAUGUGUGGCUAUAUUACCCAGCCUUCAGGCUGCUCCUCCUCUGGUCAGCGUGUCUCCUGAGUGAGGUGUGGUGUUGCCCAGAUGGGAGGAGGCCUGUGUGGAAUACUCAGCACGCCAGAGAGAUUAUUUCCCUCGAUUGACCCGACUCCGAGAGGGUGGAGGAGGUUUCUGGAGAGAGUUAAACCUGAGCCCUUAAGCUUAAACUGCUGCCCCUGUGGCUCAACCUUGAAAAAGAGGACAAACGGAUGGAUUGAUGCUAAAGGCUCUUGUGAGCGAGUCUAGCACAUGGACAUUUGCAUAAGUAUUGUACCUUUGAUGGCAGCUGCUUUUGCUUCCUGACAAAUCAGUCAGACGGAAUGAAAAAAAAAAAAAAAAAAGCUCUAGAAAUCAGAAAUAUGUCUGGCUCUGCUUCCCAUUUCUUAUUUUUUUCAUUUUCGUCUGAAGUCAGUCUUGCUGCGACUGGUUCCUUCUCAGAGAACAAUAGCAACAUGUCAGUCGAGGGCUGACGCCGAGGCAUUCAGGCUCUCACGCGACAACAGCAAAGACGGCUCAAACAAAAGUCGUCCACGUAUUCUUUGAUGAUCAUUACGUCUUUUCAAAUAGCUGUGACAUUCCUGUCCACGUGCUGUAAUUCAGCUGACAUUGGCUGACACACAUAGUUAAUUCAGCCCAAGAAUGCUAAAACCUCGAGUUGGCAUUUCAGUGGUUAAUAAAAGGCAACGUGAAGGCCUGACGUCAAGAGAAAAGUAAUGACAAAUCCUCAACAGAUUGUUGAAUGUUUUAAUUAUACGGUGGCGGAGUACGGUAUUUAUGUCGCCGGCACAGUCGACAUGACCGGGAAUGCAUUCCGGGACGCUUCACGCGGCUAAUGAAGUGUUUUGAUCGCGGGGGUCAGCGUGCGAAAGAAAGAGCGCCUUCCCUCUUCCAGUCAUUUGCAUAAUUUUGCGAGAAUGUGGCCCAUUUCUUUUCUGGUCCAUUGUUUUAGAAUUAAUCGGGAAUUGAUGGCACGUUGAGUUUUUAUAUUAGCGAACAGCUGUAUGAUUCAAUUAAAAAAAGAUCAGUGCAAAUGCCAUGUUUGCCUGAGACAGUUGAUGGUGAAAUUAUGUGGAGGUUUAAAUCGGAAGUUGCUUUUGGAGUGUUCUUGGAGUGUCCUUUAAAAAUUGACAAACCGCGAUGUUUUGAUUUAAUUAUCUGUUUGUUUUAAUGAAUUUAUUACUGGUUAUUACUAUUUUGAGAGCACCAAAUGAAGAUUAUGGGAACAAAUAUCUUCCAUAGUCCCAAGCCUGCUAGCAAAACAAACAACGACACAAACAGGGUUGUAUCAAUGGUUGCUAUUACUGGUUCACUGAGUGGGUGAGUCUUGAAGGUUCUGAAUGUUGGACACUCCCAUACGGAGAGACUAUUACAGAAAUUACUCCAGUAGAGGUGGCCAUAUUCCUACAGGUGAGGUGGGUGGAGAACACCUAUAGGCCAAAACUCUUGGAGCUCAGUAAGCUGUACUACUUCAUGAUAGUACAGAUAUGAUCAUGGAUAAAAAUGUCCAGAACGCUCAUUUCUAAAAGAGGACAAAAGGAAAAACCAACCUGGAAAUGGGAACGGAUUAUUGCUGAGAUGAAAUGGAACAUUUAUUCAAUCUACAACAAGUUUGAAUAUCGCAUAUCGUGUAUCGUACGGAACAUUUCGACGCUCAUGAACGUGCUGUCUGCACAGAUCUGAGAUGCAUAGAUCAGCGAGAGAGGAAAAAAAAAGAAGAAAAGCUGCAAAAGCAAACUUGAGCGAUGCGGUCCCGCAGACCGUCUCACGUAAAAGAAACAUACUCCUCGCUUAUUUUAGCCUGGUAACAGGUAGCGCAACUAACCUAAUCUGCGGUGGCUUGAAGUACGUCUCACGAAAGAGGGAUUCAUUUACAGUCUGUUUCCACUUUAGUUUCAAUUGUUCAAAUGUGUUCAGAACUUUUGGUGAUUUCAUUUUUGAAAUUGUGCAAAGUGCUAGGGUGAAUUUGCUUGAUUUUUUAAAACCCUGUUGGUGUUUUAUGCUCUCAAGCCCUCUACAGAGAGGGUUGUGUUUUUACGGCUGCGAUAAACUAUCUUGUCGUCUAAGGUUGUCGUUUUCAACUGGAGCGGUAAUGUGAGACAGUCCUUGCUUGUGAAUGCUCUGGCAAUACAGUCGGUGCAGUCAAGAUUAGUCUAAAUAGCUUGCUGGACUGAGUGUCAGCUGAUGCUCACUUUUAGUUGUCUUUCUAAACUGGACCAAGCAAAAGGCCUUGAGGUAGAAAAUAAAAGAUUGUUUGACAUCUUGCCGUGUCCGUCCGACUGAGAACAGCACAGCCUGAGUUGGUAGUCAAAAGUAGCAAGAGGUGGGUUCAGGCAUUUCAUAUGGCUGCCACCUGGUCUACUGCUGGAGAUUUUUAAGGUCAAUCCAGAUGGUCACAUGGAGCAGAUGGAGAGAAUACGUUUUAUCUCAGGAUCUCUGCGAGACCUAGCUUAAACAGACGGAUGAAUAGCAAGACGGAGAUCCCUUUUUCAAGACCAUUGAUCUGAGGACCGAGACCCACAGUGACAGAACCACAGAAGGGCAAAAGUCGAGGUGAUUUAGCGCCGCCAGUCUCGAGCAGGUGUCCAACAUGGCGAUCAUGGGGAGCGGAUCUCUCGUUAUUUCUCUCUCUGCAUUCGUGAUUUCUGCGGCGUUUCUUCUCAAAGGAGCUGCUGAAAUCGUGACAGUUGAAGGCCAGAAUUUGGAAACGGACAACGUGUCGGUGAUCGAGGGUGAAAUGGCCACCAUCAGCUGCAGAAUGAAGGACAACGACGACUCGGUCAUCCAGCUUCUGAACCCCAACAGACAGACCAUCUACUUCAGAGACGUCCGACCUCUGAAGGACAGCCGGUUCCAGCUGGUGAAUUUCUCUGACAACGAACUCCGGGUGUCUCUGUCCAACGUGUCACUUUCCGAUGAGGGACGCUACGUGUGCCAGCUCUACACAGAUCCUCCUCAGGAAGCCUACGCAGACAUCACUGUCCUGGUCCCACCAGGAAGCCCAAUCAUCGAGACCCGCGAAGACGAGGUCAGCGAGGGGAAUGAGACGGAGCUCACCUGCAUAGCCUUGGGCAGCAAGCCAGCCGCUUCUAUCAGAUGGAUGAAAGGAAACGAUGAACUGACAGGUGAAACAACAGUUGAAGAGACGUACGACAGGAUGUUCACCGUCACCAGUCGGGUGAGAUUCUCCGUCACCAAGGAAGAUGACGGCGUGCCGGUGGACUGCAUCAUUGACCACCCCGCAGCCAGAGACCUCCUGGCUCAGAGAAACCUGGAAGUACUAUACAAACCAGAGGUGAAGAUUGUGGUGACAUAUCCUGAAGGCUUAACCAGAGAGGGGGACAAUCUGGAUCUGACGUGCGUCGCGGAGGGGAAACCGCAUCCCCACAGAAUCAAUUGGCUGAGAGUGGACGAGGAUGUGCCCCCUCACGCGGUGGUCACCGGAUCUGAUCUUUACAUCGAGAACCUCAACAAGUCCUUCAACGGCACCUAUCGCUGCGUGGCGUCGAAUGUUGUCGGGGAUGCGUACGAUGACUACAUCCUCUAUGUCUAUGAUGCUCGCACCACCAUCCCCACACCCACCACCAACCCAGUCAACACGCAAGACUCCAAAGCUGGCGAUGGUGCGCCGCAGAAGAUCGACCACGCUGUCAUCGGCGGGGUGGUCGCCGUGGUGAUGUUUGCCAUCCUGUGUGCGCUUAUCGUUCUUGGUCGAUACUUCGCCAGACACAAAGGAACCUACUUCACACAUGAGGCGAAGGGAGCGGACGACGCAGCCGACGCGGACACGGCCAUCAUCAACGCAGAGGGCGGACACAACAACACAGACGAGAAGAAGGAGUAUUACAUCUAAGGCCGACAGCAGGCGGCUCCGUGGGGCCUGGUGUCUGGUGGGUUGGUAAAAGGCUGGUGGGCGGGAGGGGGAUAUUUAAAAGAAGCGAUGGACAGUAGGACUGGCAUGGCGAUGAGGUCAAACCAGACUCGUGGAGUCUUGACCCUUCCUGGACUGCUGGGCCUAUUCUGUACAGUUCAGUUAUUUUACAGACUAUUUUGUGCCUUGUUCUAUUUCUUUUGUGGAUUCCGUUGAGAGCGUUUCGCCCACUCGCGUGCUUGUCCGGAGCCUUUCUCUUAGUCAGCGUGCGCUGCAGCCACUUCACUUCACCGUUCCCUGAGAAACAUUCAGAGACCGGAGCAUUGUCAACACCUUUCUCCUGCCGGGUCAAUGCUCCGUGCAGUUUCAUUGCGCACAGUAAGUGUCAGUUAUUGCCUUUAGGAAGUAGAUUUGAAAAGGACGUAGGACGGCACUUAAGCACCAUCUCACAGCAAACCUCAAGAGAGUUGAUUUCCAUGUACCGUGUGACAAUAAGUAGAUUUGUGGCCGGUUGUGUAUUAGGAUAGAGGAGAGUCGAAGGUUUUUGAAAGUCAUUCAAGUUCCUUUAGUCAAUUCCAUUUGAUGACAUCGUGCUGUAGCUAUAAAUCCGGGCUUUAAGAAAUACUUUGGAAGGCAUCUUCUUCAAGUAUCGGUUGAAAUACAACCAAGCGAUUUCACGGAUUUUAGAGUCAAAUAAAUAACUUUUCACCGUCACACCGUGUUAAUGCUGUGUACAAGGAAAAACAACAAAGAUGUUCUUUGUUUUCCUCAUUUUCCAGCCAUUCACUUGCAGAAAAGCAUUUAACCAUUCGCCAAGAGCCGUGAGGUUUAAUAUCGGCAGAAGUUCUGAGCUUAAACUAAUAUUCAUGUUACGAAAAGCGCAGUCUUGGCCAAAAGCGUCGGAUAUUUCUGACUUGUUUGGUUGCUUUGCUGCCACUUAUGGGUCAGAGGUGGGAAUGACGUCAGAGUCCAGUUCAGUGAGGUCCACUUGUCCAGCUAUUCUCACGCAUUGUUGAAAUAUGAGCCGCCUUGUGGUAAAUAAACGCUUUGUUUACAACUAGAAAAAACGCAGGAUGAAGAAGAAAGUCAAAUUUCCAAAAUGUGCGUAUUUUAUUGAUUCAAAACUUCUGCUUCCUGUGUACAUUUUGGGAAGCCAUCUUGGAUUUCGUACUCAGGAGGGUGACUUUCCACUUUCAGACUGUAAGUACACAUUUACACGCUGGUCAAGGCCGACAUCACCAUCCAAAUCCCCCACUCUAGAUCCUGUUUUCAACACUUUCUAUACUAGAAUUUAAGAACUUUAGGCCACUUUCACUUUCACUUUCACACUGCCCCUUUAAACCAAACCUCUCCGCCCAUUUUUCCCAUGAGCCACUCUGCCCUGACGGUGGUAUUGCUCAGAUUGUUUUGGGUUUUCAAUUCACUAAGAACCGAAAACUUUUGCCCGAUUGAAUUUGUAUUAAUAUGUCAAAUACAGACCAACUUCUCGCUGCGACAGAACAUUUACGUCACUGUCUACGUCAUUUUUGUAUCUCCCAACAAGUUACUUCAGCCGGGAUGUCACACCCUUUGUGUACGUCUAACACCCGCUGCCAGGCAAGUCUAACCCACCUAACCCACCUCCACCUGUGGGCUGAACUCUGGGGCCAAAGUGGGGCCUGUUCUCACAUCAAAUUCCUAUUGUGUCUCUUGGGUGGCCCCAGAACUUUUUCACUUUGAGUUCAUCCAUAUUCCUCUCCCACUGAAAGAUGUACAGCCCAAAGCACGAGUGGAUGCUGCACCAUUUGUUCCAUGUUUGAGUGCUUUGGUUUGGCAACAUUGGUUUCAUCGUGGCAGCCAUUUUGUCCUCACUCCCAGGUGACCAGAUGAGGUCGACCAUGUCGUGCAAAUUUGACGUUGACCUUUGUCCGAAACCUUUGGCCGAGACUGCGUCCCUUAACCCAUUGUCGAUAGCCUGCUAGCGUAACUUCUGACAGACUUGGAACAUGUUCUUUGAAAGAGAAUUUGCGUGACCAGAGGCUGGCAGCCAUGAAGAUUGUUGACGACAACUCAGAAACUAUGUAGACAGAAUGGUAGUGACACAGGAGUCUGUAUUUACUCAACCAGGUAGGAUAACUGGCUCAUCAAUAUCUGUUUGGAUACUCUGUCAGAUGCUUCUUCGUCGCUUCAUUGUUCCAAACAUUCUCUGGAAUAUGUCUUUUCUUCCAUCCAACUCAAUUAUAUGGACCAAAAAACUGUCACAGAGAGCGUCGUUGGGUCAGAAUUUCGGCUCAUGUUAACAUGACUUCCUCGCAGUUUCAUGCCCCUCGUGCGCGUGAGCCCGGACCAAAAGUGAGAACUGCUUCUGUGCGCUGAUACUCCACGUGGUUUGGCCUACUGCGACUGUGGCACAGGUCCAGUUAGCAGGCUGUUUUGUUUUGGCCGUGCGCUUGUUUAGAAUUUCACUUUCAGGUUGUGGGGGUGUGAACUCUAGCGGCACCUGGUUGUGUGCUUGUGAACUGUCGGUUGGUUGAUAUGUUGAUCUGCUUUUCAUUCCCGAACAUCUCAUUCCUUUUUUUCAUGUUGACAAGCCAGAAAAAAAAAAAAGUAUUUGUCAAGCGCAAAAAGUGCAACCAGAUUUGCUCAGAGAUCAGAUCUACUUAUACAACUUUCUUAUUCAAUUAAAACUGCUUUUUGUUCAGGUCACAAAACGCACAACAGAUCUAAGAAAAUGCGUUUCAUGUUUGAAAGAAGAGAGAACUACAUCAGAGGUGUUUGUGCUCUUGUUUAUCGAUAGAUAAAUAGGAGAGUGAAACGCUGAAUAAAGAGCCGCACUGAAGACAGAAAGCUCAGCUACACACACAAAAUGAUCAGAAAGUGAGGAACUGCUGUCAUGAGACCACAGAGUCUGCAGUCCUGACCCCACCACCCGACUUGGCCAGAAGACACUUUGACCCUGACCUGGCUUGGGCGCCCCCUAUGGAAGAAUCGCCAGACAACACAAGAGUGUUCUGUUUGAGUGAGAAGUUAGAACAGGAUCCAGUGAAAGACUGAAGAAUAAUGUAGUUUGAAGUAUAUUUAAAUUGUAUUUUAAUUCAAUAGUUUAUGCAUAAAAUGGAGCAAGUAAGUGUUGCAUUCGCAGAUUCCCUUCAUACUAGUGUUUUUAUUUCAACUUUUCUUCACUUUGGUGCUGCAGUUUGAAUAUAGUUUUGAAUUUAUUGAUCAGGUUCUUUAUGUUAUGAUCUGAGGUGUUAAAACAAUGUCAUUGCUUUACUGUGUCGCUUAGCUUUUUUUUUUUACGGAUCACAAUGAGCAGAUCUGAUCGAAGAGGAAUCUGGUUGAGAUUUCAAACUUUUGCUCACCACACAACAGAGGUUUUUUUUUUUUUUCAUGCAACAGUGAAUGUGUUCCCGGCGCUUCUCUGAUCUUGAUGUCAUAAAACAGUCAGAAUCUUAACAACAGCUGUGGAAAGAGAGUUGAGAACUUGGUCGGAGAGCAGAACACAGAAGACACACACAAGCUCACGUCAUUUCUGCACACGUUAAAUGAGAUCAUUUGAUGGUGACAAGACAGGAUGGACUGAAGCACUGCCUUAUCUACCACCAUCCCACCACACCUCAUCGGAAGAGAAAAGACUGAAGGACUUUAUGGAGUGCCUUCCUUGACUCCUGGGUUCCCCAUCACUGCUGUACAAACGUAGAGUUGUAAAGCGAUUCCUUUCUGAAAGUAUUUAUGACUGGUCCUUGACUUCCACCAACAUGUACCGUUACGAGGCGGAUCGAUGUAAAAACUGUCAUUCUUUUUGGGUGAAAAAGUCACGGAAGCUUCCACUGACUCAAACGUCAUCGGCAUCAUGAUGUAUUUAUUGUGUUUAAUUCGUGGUACAGACAAGAUAUGGUUGUGUUUUGUUAUUUAUUUGGGUAUUGUGAUGGACAGCACUCGCUUGUUUUAUCAAAAAAAUAUGUUUAAAAAAUUCAGACAUUAAAUUAGGGCUGCAAAAUAUACUCUGAAAUUCAGGGGAAAAAAUCAAAAAAUGCAUUUGUUUAAACUUCUUUUCAUAAAAAAAAGUAAUAAUAAUAAUAUACACGGCAAAAUGACCUUGAUCCUUAAGAAAAUAAAUAAAAAUUCAAAGGGAAAUUUCAAUACUUCUAGAUGAUAUGUCCAUAAAAUGAAUCACUAAACACACUUUUAUAUUCUAUUUCACUGACGUUUAGAAUUUUAUUUUGGUAGUUUAUAUGAAAUGAGUUGUGCCUGAGCGCUAAUAACACGUUAGCAGAAACAAGCUACAAUAACACGGAGCUAACUUGGCUAUUCAGGCAUUAUAUUUUUAGCUUUAUAAACAAAAAACAAUUAUAAAGAGGACCUUUAAAGUCACAAACUGCAAUUGAAAAUAUAUAUUUCAAUGAAACAUUGCUGUGGUUAGCUAAGAAUCUAACGUAGCUUAUCCGCUAACACAGCUAAUGUGACGCACACAAAUCUCAUUUCAGAAUGGAAGGGAUUUAAAUAGAAAUAUGCCAUUUAUGAAGAUGUUUUUACGUGUUAUUAUAGAGCCGCUAUUCUAUACUGCGAUGUUUGUUGUGAAAAACGUGGUAAAUAUUGAGCAGCCCUAAUGAAAUGUAUUCAUGGUGUUAUUCCGACAGAAUUGGGGACAAAGCAGUGGUGAGAAACAUCACUCCUCUCCUUGUUUUCACUUCACUGACUCGAUGUAUGUUUCCACUCGCUCAGGUUCACGGCUGUUGUGUUGUUUGCAUCUCAGGUAGCAUGCAACGUAGGAAGGCCCCGAGUGUACACGCCCGUAACGCAGCGACUCUGCCAGUCAACACCAGAUGUACAUGUUUGUUUCUUUCCUCUCGGUUGUACAUGUUUCCGUGUUCUUACUAUGGUGCACUGUUCCAGUAACGAUGAUUUCGCAUAGACCUAGAUCACAAAGACAGAAAACUAGAUUUGUUAAACAGAUAAAUACAAUGUACAGUCGGUGUUGACAGAAUCACAAUAAUGUUCAUAGACACUCAUGAAGUAUUGGUUCUGUAGAUGACUCUAGGAUGUGACCGCUGACGGUAAACCUGUUCUCACUCGCCCCGAAUCACAGUGGAAAAGAUGGUGUAUUUACUGUGACAUGAGAUUUCAAUGAUGUACUUUCUGUUGGAUGUUGGGGUGCGUUUUGUUGCCUGGGCGACGGGACAAAAACGGGGUUGGCUUCACCCCGAUAUGGUGGUUUCAUUUUCUCCCUUGUAACCAGGCAACUUUUUUCUUUUCUUUCGUGUAGUGACUGUUUUGGUUCCUAACAUGACCAUACAUAUUUUGUAUUGGUUCACCUACAUUUUUACAAAAGGAAAAAAAAAAAACGGAGUACUUGUCUUAAUAAAAAAAGAUAUCAAUGUUCUGACUGUGGCGUUGCUGUGAUGUGAAGAACAUGAUGUCACUCCUGGUCAUGCAAUAUUUAUUAGUGAGUGUUGUCGCACGUGUUUCAUCUACUGAAUACGUUAACCGGGUCUCUCUUCCCGCUGGGCUGCUUGUCAAACCCGGAGAGACGGAGAGGAGCGGAGAGGGUGUCGGGGAACACGGGGCGCUUGACAUACGCCCCCCCCCGGUUGGGAUCCUGACGCCAGAUGUUUAAAGUGACACGACAGCUCAGGUGUGUGGAUG